AUGGCUGGGGGCGGCUGCGCCCCUGGGGGCGUGCGCGGCGCUGUAAUGUCGCCUCCCUGGGGGCUGCGCUGCUCGCCGCCCCCACUGCCGCCAGGAUUCGCCUUUUACACGCUUCACUCGACGAUGCGCCUCGUACCAGUCGGCCGGGGUGGCAGGUGGAAGCGGCCGCCACACGCCUCAGCGCUGUGGGGUCCGCCGCCCGCUGCCUGCAGCCUGGCCCCAGGCGGAGAGACGAGCGCUGCUGCAAUAUUCAUCGCGGACCGCCGGCCACGCCGGAAUCUCGGCAUCCCGGCCUCCCCGCACACCGGGGUCUUCCGCAGGGCACCAGCUGGGGGUGGGGAAUCAGUCACUGGUCCACAGUCUGCUCCAGGAAUGGAGCUCGCCGAUGCCGCCACAAUGACGUCGGAUGCGCCGCUGGGGGUAGACGCGGCGUCUCGCGGCUGCCCGCCACGGGGGCGGCGGUGGGGCGUUGCCAUGGCGACGCUGGCGCCGCCGGCGGUCGCUCCAUCAGUCUCCAGCGCUGGGCUGGCGUGCCGCGGCGACUCCAUACCCGGAGUGAAUUUGCCGGCGGCUGCUGCCAGCACGGAGGCCGUUAACUGCCCGUCGUGGCGGAGCGUAGCGGAGCGCGUGCGAGCCGGCAGCGCGCCGGCAGGAGCAGCCGUCCUCCGGCCGGUCUCUUUUUAUUGUCCGCGCGCCCGAAUCACGGAUGCACUUACGGAAAUUGGAGCGCGGGCCGGAGCGCGCCACGAGCGGCCGCCCCCAGUAGCGCCGUCCGCAGCCGUGCCGGUGCGGCCGCGAUGCGCAGCCGGUGAGUGCCCGCCGCCUCCACCGCCUCCGCCGCCGCCUCCGCCAGCCGCCGCCACGUUGUCCCCGGCGGGCAUCCUGCUCGACCUCUCCAUGUCGGCGGCGGUGGGCCUGCAGCAGCAGCAGCAGCAGCCGCCGCAGCCGCCGCCUCCGCAGCCGCCGCCGCCGCUGCACCACCAUCACCACCAUCACCUGCACCACCACCACCAGCACCCGCACCAGCACCACCACCCGCCGGCCGUGCCCGUGGCCGUGCCCGUGGCGCGCGCGCCGGGCGUGCCGCCCCCGACGCCGCCUCCGCCGCCGCCGCCCCCGGGCCUGGCGCUGCCGCCGCUGCCCCCGGGCCCGCCUCCGGCGCUGCACCCACCGCCUCCCGAUAUGGCGCCCGUCGCCGUGCCGCCACCCGGACCGGACGUCCUGCUCGCGCUUCUGGCCCGAAACAAGGCGCUAGAAGGUACCGUGCUGCCCUGCUCGCCCGUCGAAGCUCUCUCUUCCUGUCUUCUUGUUCAGCUCUUCGAACCGACUCUACUCUGCCCCAUAGGGAUGGUCCCUCAAUAG